AUGGCUCCUACCAACAACGUAACUGAAUUCAUGUUUUUGGGUCUUUUUCAGGAUCAGGAGGUGCAGAAAAUAUGCUUUAUGGUAUUUCUCCCCAUGUACAUUACCACUAUGGUAGGAAAUGGCCUUAUUGUAUUAGCCAUCAAGUCCAGUAAGAGUCUUAGCUCCCCAAUGUUCUUUUUCCUUAGUUACCUGUCCUUUGUGGAGAUCUGUUACUCCUCUACAAUUGUUCCCAGACUCAUCACCGAUUCACUUGUUGAGAGAAAAAUAAUCUCCAUGGAGGGCUGCAUCACACAGUUAUUCUUCUUCCAUUUCCUGGGGGUCACUGAGACACUCGUGCUCACAGCAAUGGCCUAUGACCGCUACAUAGCCAUCUGUAAGCCCCUGAGCUAUGCUGUCAUCAUGAAUCGACAGGUGUGUGGUGUCUUGAUGGGCAGUUCAUGGGCAGGGGGCUUUCUUCACUCCAUGGUUCAAAUUUCUGUGGUUAUCAGGCUCCCCUUCUGUGGACCUAAUGUGAUCGACCACUAUUUCUGUGAUCUCCAUCCCUUGUUUAAGCUAGCCUGCAUGGACACCUCCGUGGAAGGGGUGGUAGUUCUAGUCAAUAGCGGUUUAAUGUCUGUAAUCUCCUUCCUCCUCUUGGUUUCCUCGUACGUUGUCAUCCUGAGGAACUUGAGAUCUCGUUCUGCCAAGGGGAGACGCAAAGCCCUCUCCACGUGCAGUUCUCACAUCACCGUGGUCAUCUUAUUCUUGGGGCCUGCCACCUUCCUGUAUUUGCGGCCCUCGUCCACCUACACAGAAGACAAAAUUGUGGCUGUCUUCUACACGGUGAUUACCCCAAUGCUGAACCCCAUCAUCUACACUCUGAGAAAUGCUGAGGUUAAAAAUGCUAUGAGGAGAAUGUGGUCAAGAAAAUAG